UUACAAUGAAAAAAUAAAGUGAGAAUGAGAAGAUUGCUAUUUAUGCUUCAUAGAUGAUGAAAUUGCAUGGGAAAAUCUUAGAGAAGAAGCUGACAAAGGUGCCUUCCAAACAGUAAUUUGAAAGUCAAUCGCAAAAUAUCUCGAAUAAUAAUAGUCCUGCAGUUGGAAGACAGAAGUCAUAUGAAAAUUUAUUAAAAGUUAAUAGAACAUUCAUAAAUCCAACACUUUAAGUGUCCUAACAGAAAUUAUGCAGCAUUUUAAAUGUGAUGGCAGGCUAACAGACGAAACCUAAAAAUUAAAGUUUAUUUAACAAUGAAUUAAUCGACACAGUGAAGAUAUCUCAUAAAUUAAGAAAGAAUCAAUCAAUGAUAUAAAUGGAUUAAUAGUCACCUUAACUUACUAAAAACUCAUCCUUUCAUCGCCCCAAUUCAAGUGUGAAGAUAAAGAAUAGUAAUAGUGUUUCCUGUGAUUAGACUCAAAUUCAAAAGAUAAAAGAAAAAAUCAAAGUGCUUCUCCAAGAUAAAGAGAAUAAUUGGUAAUAGGAUUAAAAAGAAAUGGCAUUUAUGAUUAAAUUUAAUUAAACCCUAAAUCAGCUACUAGCAAUCAUGUUUCAAGAUUAACAAAACACUUAGCCAACUUCGACUCAAGAUACUAAUCAGGCUCUGUAAAUCGAUCAUUUCUUCAAGAGAUAAAUUUAGAUUCUAUAACAAUCAUUUUAAUAAUAGACAGAAAAGAAAAAAAUGGAAAAUAUACUUGUUUCAAUUAAAAAGAAGCAUGAGAAUCUAUUAUAAGAGCAUAAUUAGUUAUUAGAAAUUAAGAAAUCUCAAGAUGAAAUAAUUGUUAAUUUGUAACAAUAAAUUAAUGGAUUGUCAGCUUAGAUUUAAGAGUAAGAUCAAGUCGGAUAGAAUGACGCAGGUAUAGAUAGAUAAUAAUUGUAGAAAUCUUGGAAUUGAAAUAUUUAGUGUAAGGAUAGUUCGAAGCAAUCCAAAAACUACUUCAAAGAGAACAAUUAACUAAAAUAUUCUUGAAACGAGUAGGCGAUAGUUCAAUAAUCGAGUAAUUAUGCAAUUUUCAUUUAGAAUGUUCGAAUAGUUUAUCUAAAAUUCAGAAUAAGAGAAUCCAGAUGACACUGAAGGAAACUUAAACAUAGAUAUUAAUCCAAUAAAUCAACCUAAUACUCUUAAUAAACUUUAAACUCCCAAAUAAAAACUUAGUUCUCCUGAACAAAAUACUUAUCCUCUCAAAAUCUUGUCCUAAUAUGAGGAUAUUUACAAGUAGCAGUUAAACUUAUGUGACUCUUUAUUGGCAGACGAUUCAAGUAUUAAUUCUGUAACUUUAUGUAGGAGUAAAUGAUUCUGAAGAAAGUAGUUUUGAAUAUAAAGGCAAGGAGUAAGCGACUGAGAUAAGUUGUUACUUCAACUUGGCAUCUUAAUUUGUUUAGCCACAAAUGAAAAAAAAGGGUAAUAAGACGAUUUCCAAAGAGAAAUUGAAAAUAAAUAUGAUGGAUGUCUUAUUAGCCUAAGCUGCGUAUUUAUUAGAUUUUAUCUAGUCAAAAACGUUAAGAACUUCUGGAAUAGUAACAAUAGCAGUAAUAGAAAAUUUUGCCUGAUGACAUACUGGAUGAAGAUUAAGUAGAUCCAAACUUAUCUGAUGAGGAAGUAUUUAAUACUUAGAAAUUAGUAUUGAAAUUUUGAAUAAGAC